AUGAUAUCAUUUGAGGAAGAAGGAUAUACCUAUAUAUCCGAGGAGUUGAGGACUCCUCCUUCAAGUGAUGAUGAUGAGAAUGUUAGACCUAUUAUGCCAAAGUUCAAUGAGCAAGCUUCUUUUGGGCAUGUCUAUUUAGAACUUGGUAUGGAGUUUAUGAAUCUGGACCAAUUUAAGUGUGCAGUAAAAGAUUAUAAUAUCAGUCUUGGGAGGAACUUCGUAUGGGUUAAGAAUGACAAGGUCAGAGUAAAGGCCAAAUGCAGUGUAGAAGACUGUGAAUGGAUGGUGUGUUGUGCCUGGAACAGUAAGCAAAACACAUUCCAAGUUAAGACUUUUAAAGAAACUCAUAAAUGCUGCAGAGUCUUCAAGAAUAAAAGGGCUACAAGAGAUUGGGUGGCCAAGAAAUUGGAGAAGAGAAUACUAACACAGCCCAAGAUGACAAGGACAGAGGCAUUUGAGCACAUGAAGGAGGAAUACAAUGUUCAUUUGGAUAUGAAGAAAGUAAGUAAGGCUUUGAAAAAAGCAAAGGGGACCAUUGAAGGUUGUGAGAAGGAACAAUAUGAAAGACUAAGAGAAUAUCUGGCUGAGCUGUUGAGGAGCAACCCUGGCUCCAGUUGCAAAUUGCAAGUCUCCCCCCAACCUAUUCCACAAGCAUUGCCAAUAUUUGACAGAAUGUACAUCUGCCUUGAUGCUUGUAAAAAGGGCUUCAAAGCUGGAUGCAGGCCCUUAAUUGGGUUGGAUGGAUGCUUUUUGAAGGGCUAUUAUGGAGGUCAAUUAUUGAGUGUUGUGGGUGAAGAUGCAAACAAGCAAUUCUAUGUCAUUGCCUAUGCCGUGGUUGAUAGUGAGACCAAGGAUAAUUUGAAGUGGUUUCUGACAUUAUUACAGGAAGAUUUAGGGGAUCAUGCAGUAUUUGGGUUGAACUUCAUUUCGGAUCAACAAAAGUGUGUGUUUUGUGUUGUUGCCAUUGCCUUGAUGUUAAUGAAUAUUUUCAAGCAAUUCUUUGUAGUUGCCAUUGUUGUCAUUGAUCUUAUUGAAUAUUUUGGAUUGUUUUGA